AUGCGGCGUGUUUCUCGUGCGUCUGCGCCUCUCGCUCUGCCGGGCCGCUGCCGUCUGAAGAUGCAUUGGCGGUUGUUGACAGAGGCGUGUGUUUGUGAUGGCAGCCGCACUUAUUCCACAGAGAGGAAGGUGGGAGGGGCCGCGAGGGGGAGAAUGAUUGUGCGUGCUCGGGCCAUUAUCGCAGCGCCUCUGGCUACACCUGCGCUGGGCCUCAUCAGCAUGCCAGCAUCGAUCUGCCACAAGAGUUUAUCAGCACUUCUUGUGCAGGAGAAGGCGGUGGACAGAGAGGCCUGGCUGAUGGUUUGA